AUGCUCGCCCAAAGGGCAGGGCGCCAGGCCCUGCAACGAGCCGUAGCACCCUCCACCACCGCCUCCUCGUCCCCCUCGACCGUCACAUUACCGGGUUUCCUGGUCCCCGCAUUCCGGUCGCAAACGCCGGCGGCGGCCCGGCGCAACUUCUCGGCGACAACUUCCCGGCGGUCGAAAUUGGGGCGGACGCCGCUUUCGGUACCUCCAGGCGUGGAGGUGGCAAUUGGCGAUCUGUUCAUGAAAAAGGAUGUGACCUCGUACCUCAAGACGUAUAAGCGGACGAUCACGGUGAAGGGGCCAUUGGGUCAACUUGAGCUCGAAAUCCCAGACUACAUCAACGUUAACCAUGACACCGAGGGACGCAGGGUCGAGCUGAGCGUGAAGGACCGGGAGCAAAGAAACCAGAGGGAGAUGUGGGGAACCACCUGGUCAUACCUCAACAACCAUAUCAUGGGCGUAUCCGAAGGCCACACGGCCGUACUCCGACUAGUCGGUAUCGGUUACAGGGCCACGGUCGAGCCGCGCCCAAAGCUAGAGGAGUACCCCGGCCAGCAGUUUGUCUGCCUCAAGCUGGGGUUCUCGCACCCGGUCGAUAUGGGCCUGCCCAAGGGCAUGACGGCCAGCGCGCCGCAGCCGACCCGUGUGCUGCUCGAGGGCAUCGACAAGGAGCAGAUUAUGCAGUUCGCGGCGCAUAUCCGCCGCUGGCGUGUGCCGGAGCCGUAUAAGGGCAAGGGUAUCUUUGUCAAUGACGAGACGAUCAAGCUGAAGCAGAAGAAGAUCAAAUAA